AUGGAAGCCUCGAAUCAAGGUCGAAAUAAUGGUGAUAACAUUAGCGAUGAUGGUGAUAACGAUGAUAAAGAUAAUAAUAAUUGUGAUAAUGGUGGCGAUAAUGAACUCGAAAAAGACGAUGAUAAAGAUGAUAUAAAGAAUGACGAUGAAAACGAAAGAGAAAUUGGCACGACUGUUGGUCUUACUGGAGUUCAUGUUCACUUUGAAACGGGGGAAGACCAUCAUCAGGAUCAGCACCGUGAUCAUCAUCAGGAUCACCGACGUAAUGACGAUGAUCAUCAUGACCACCAACAACAUGAAAAUCUAAACAAAGAAAACAACAACGACGACAACAACAACGACAACAACACAGUUGACGAUCCUUACGAGCAAUUACAACUUCUGCGUCAAAAGAGAAGCCAGCGAUCAGAAGAUGGGGACGUCUUCUACGAUAAAUCUCCUGGCAUCAUUGAGAAAGACACCUCAAACAACAACCAACAACAACAUCAACAUGAAGAACAACAACAACUACAAUUAUCGGGAAGGGUAAGCGAAAAACUCGAACAACUGCAAGAGAAAUUCAGCGCUUCCUCGAGCCACAAAGAGGCCAACGUCGUAGCCACAGCUGGAAAAUUGAAAGAUGGCCAGAUUGAGGUUUUCGAAAAAUUUCAGCAUGGCGUCAGUGAACAAGGCGAACAGACGAGCAGUUCUUCAAAGGUGAAGGAUGUUGUUUUAAAAGGCAGAGCCAAUGAGAUCAAGGAGAUGUUGGAAAAGGGGUCUCUGAACAGCUCGGCGGCAAACGUCACGACUGCCACCAGCGCGUCGAAAACGAAUCAUGACGUCACUGAUGACGUGGUCCCUCCUCCACAACAAGUUAGGAAGAAGAAGGCUGAUGAGUGGCUUACCGCUGUCAAGCACACUCCGGCGACAUCUGGCGCUCCGACAGCCGCCACCAGGCAGACAACAACACCACUGAAAGAUAACUUUUGGCUUCGUCGCGAGACUCAACAGCAGCAGCAACCUUCCAACGAUAAAUCUCCAACAAUAACAAGAGUGGGACGAUUGAAUUUUGAGGAGAAGAUGGCUUUGUUUGGCGGUGGUGCAAAAUCUGGAGAUGGUGCUGCCAGCCACAAAGCAACACCCACUCAUGAUCAUUCCUAUCUGAACAAAACGACAACAGCAAACAGUGCCCCGUCUUACAAGACGUUCAAGAGAGAUAACAGCAAUACACCCAAUGUCGUCAGUUAUACGUCCAACUCUGUCAAGACGGAUAUGAAAGUUUCGCUUGUGGCCCGGAAUUCAAACGAUGCCAAGAACAACAUGUACCUACAUUUAGAUAGAAAUGGAUUGGUAAAGUUGAUCGAGGAGUUGAAGGGCAAAGUCUCAACUCUGGAACAGGAAACAUCCAAUCUCAAACUGCAGCUUGAAAAUCGAGGAAUUGGAAGGAGUGGUUACAUGGAUGACUGCCGACCGGCCACACGCACGGGCAGCACACUAGACAACGACCAAGCCACUGACAACUGAUAACCCUGAUAUUAAUAAUUUCGAAUUCAUGUAAUAAAUCUCAUCGCUAACUAGUUUUUUAACGCUUGUAUUGUUUUUAGAUACCUUAUUUCAGAUAUUAAUGAUUGUGUAAUUUCAUGGAAAAUAAUUUCAUACUAAUAUUUUUCUGUCUAAAUGUUCUACGCCUUAUAUUUGCCUUAUUAAUUCUAGUUACGUUUUGUCUUUUAAGAUGUGUAGGCCUACCUAAGAAGGAUGAUACAUUUGUUUAACGCUGUAGAAGAGGGAAGAAAGGAAUAAAAACACAAACGAAUUUUAU